CGUUUUCCAACUCUUAUUCAGAGCGAAGGUGUUGUGUUUUAAAGCACUGGACGUUUAUUGUGUUUUAUUCGGAGUGACAAGUUGUGUACUUUAACAAAUCGAUUUUGAAUUCCCUUUGAUCGUUGUAAAGAAUCUAUUGAAAGAUGGCACGUACCAAGCAGACAGCUCGUAAAUCAACUGGUGGCAAGGCACCACGUAAACAACUGGCCACCAAAGCAGCCCGUAAAUCGGCCCCAUCAACUGGUGGAGUUAAGAAGCCCCAUCGUUAUCGUCCCGGCACUGUGGCCUUGCGUGAAAUUCGUCGCUAUCAGAAAUCAACUGAGUUGCUGAUCCGCAAAUUGCCAUUCCAGCGUUUGGUUCGUGAAAUCGCACAAGAUUUCAAAACUGAUUUGCGUUUCCAAUCGGCUGCCAUUGGAGCACUUCAGGAAGCUUCCGAGGCCUAUUUGGUUGGCUUGUUCGAGGACACCAAUUUAUGCGCUAUUCAUGCUAAGCGUGUAACCAUUAUGCCCAAGGAUAUUCAACUGGCCCGUCGCAUUCGCGGUGAACGUGCUUAAAGUGACAGCUCAUUAACAACAAGAACAACAUUAAUUAUAUUAUGCAACAAUAACACUAAUAUUAUAAUUCAUUAUUUGGAAGAAUCCCUACCCCAAAACAGUAACAACACACGCAUCCACAACAACAACAACAGAAUCAGAACUAGAUAUAACAGAUCAUUAAUUACGUGUACCCAGCGUUAUUGUCAGUUGGAUUGUUUUCGUCCUCUUCUUUCAUUAUUUCACAGAAACAAACACAAAAAAUUCAAAUUUAAAUACAUUUUACGAAUGAAAGAUAUAACACAA